AUGACGGCCCCUCUGCGCCACACCCAACACGCCUCCGCCAUUGCUGCCAUCCAAGCCUCCCAGAGCACCGCGCCCGUUGCUGAGUUCCGCUGUCUCUUCACCCACGAUGUCCGCCGCAAGCAGAAGCGCUGGCAGGAUGGCUUCCUCAAGUUUCACACCUUCAACAACCGCGUCAUGGUCUACGAUCAGGCCCGCAACUUUCUCGGCGACACCUACUACAAGGACAGCGACGAGCUGCACGAGGGCGACGAGCUGAACCUGAACAAUGGCGCGCUUGUCGAGGUGUCGGAGCCUGUGGGCAUUACGCACACGGAUCUGGCCUCUGUCCUGGGCAGGAAGUCCAAGGACUUGCCGCCCGCUCCGAACCCACCUUCCCAGACAAAGCCCUUCCAACGCCCAUUGUCAGUGGCCCCACCAAAUGCGCAGAAGGCUGCCUCGCAACUGCGCCACAAAUCCCUCAAUACGCUGCUCGGGACUCCAAAGGGGCCCAUUGGCAAGGCACAGCCCAUAAAGUCACCAUACGAGGCUCGCAAGGAAAAGGAAAAGGAAAACGAGUUGGCUGGGGAGCGGGCUGCAAAGAGACAGAAGACGAAUCAAGCGCCUGCAAGCUGGAGAGCGUCUAGUCCCCUACACGAAGAGAAUGUUGAGCCAAAAGAAACAUCGCCGAGACCGUCAAAGGCUGUAGCCGCACGCAAAGUUCGACAGCCAGCGAAAUUUAUACCCCCCACGGCUACCGUCAUUACAAUAGAGGACGAGCCCGAGCCCGAGCCUCACCCGACCAUCUUCUCCGACAUCACACUUCCGAGCACACCACCUCGAGCUGCCGAUAAGAGAGAAGAGUCACAGGCUGCCAAGAUAGUUGUGCCUCGUCAGCCCCCUGCACAAACCCCAAAGAUCCCAAAAGGCAAAGUGCCGUUGCCUGGUGUGUGGGCUCUGGAGACACCCAGGCAGCCAGCCCCACCUUCCUCGCCUCCAGUGAGCGCCUCAAACCGCUUGUCCAAUAUCGAGUUUGCAUUGCAGCCAGUUCAAGUACCACGUAAAGAACCGUCCCCGCCACCAGCACCCUCCUCGCCUCCGGCUCGCAAGGCCCGAUGCCUUCGACUGUCCACUGGAAAUAAGCGAAUUCUGACAAAUGCGGGUCACGGCGCGGCAAAGAGAGCAAGAGUCUCCAAGUCUCCAUCCCUACCAUCGCCCAGUCUCCAGGAAGAUCCAGAAGUCAUCCACGGUCUUAUGGAUCAGCAGUUGUUAGUUGCUUCAUCGCCUAUACAUACUGUAGAGCAAACGGUCAGCAACAUGGCCGUUCAAACAAACACAAUUGAGCCCAGAACUACUAAAUCGAAAACAUCAUCCGCUAAUGAGACGACUGAAAAAAGACCUACGAAAAAGGCAGGAAAACCCAAGGCGGCACCAAAGGCCCCAUCUUCUAUACAACUGGAACCAGUGAUACCGGCAUCGAGAGAUGUGUCUUCAGCACAUACCGAAGUCUCCGAUGUACAAUCACGAACCUCAGUAACAUCUUCUCGCAAAGUACCGCUCUCCACGGGCGACAUACUCAAGAAGACUGCUACUCGUACCAAAAACCAAUCAGCCUUGACAAAUUCUAAGCAAAACUCUCCACCACUACCACACAAUGAACCCCUGUCGCUCUCACCGCGCCCCUCACUAACCAACAAAGGAGGGCCUUUGAUGAGUACUACUGAACUCGCUGGACUCCUUCAAAAACCCAAGAACCUCGCCAAAGCGCUUGCGGAUCCUAUCGAGGACGGAGGGGAAAUCAAACAGGCAGACAAAUCGUCGAACCGUGCCUUCCGACGCGUUCGAAGUGAGAAUGAUGCACCAAUUCCCAGCAUUUCGGAAGAAUGGGAAAAGCUCAAUUUGCCCAAGCCUAGUAGCCCCACUACAAAUACUGCCAAUGAGCCGACAAUUGCGAGUACAGUUGGCGUAAAGAUGAGAAAGAAAAAGGAUAGCGGGCUAAGCGCGCUUAUCAAGAAAACGGAUCCCCGGCACAAGUUCAAGAGAACGCAGAGUUUGCAGGUACAUACAAAUGUGCCGCCGCCAGCUGCUGAGGAAGAAGUCGAGUUACCGAGCCCUGUUGUGGAUUUGGACGUUGGUCCCUGGAGCACAGAAGCAGGCGAUCUUUUUGACUGGAGGCCGCCGGGGAGGCACUGAGGACUUGACAUAAGGGCACGUAGUUACGAUUGUAUGAUGUUGAUAUCCUUGGCCAAAAAUUAACUUCUUCUUGACACGACAACGGUC